AUGACAGAAUUUCAAGAGCUGUUUAAUAUGCCUAACACCUUAGGUGCAGUAGAUGGGACACAUAUUUCAAUAGCAAAGCCAUCUAUUAAUCACCCUACUGCACCUGGAAAUCUUUUCUAUAAUAGAAAAGGAUUCUACAGUAUUAACUGUCAGAUUGUGUAUGCAUUAAAUGAUGAUAAUCAUUAUGAUGUGGAAAUACAAGAUUACUUCCCACCAGCAAGUCUUGGCUGGAUAAUAUACUGCGCUCUAGUGGCGUUGCUGUUCACCGGACUGAAGCUUUUGAACCAUCAGCUGCACCACAUGUACGAUACUACAGAGUGCAUUAUCGUGCAGCCACCGACGAGUCCACACAACGCUAAUGAGAACGCUGCUACUGACGAAGGUAUGGAGAUGCAAAUGCUGAAAGUGGGCGGUGCGCCGGCCACAGGCAGUGACAAUGAAUCUGUCACCUCAUUGGAGUACCAUAAACCAAACAAUAGCACUAUAGAUUUAAAAGUAGACGUCCAUCGUAAAAAUAGCUCAGAAUCCAGUAUAGAGGACAGUGCGAUGUCUGCUAAGCAAGUAGAGCCUGUCGCAACAACAAAGUCCGACUUAUGCGUGGCCCAGUGUACAGAACUGGCUGGACCCUCUUUCCGGCCAGGAAACCGCAGCCGAUCCAAAUCCGGCCAUAGAAGAGAGCAUAGGACGUCUAAAAGAAGAACGCAUGGUACCCGAAUUGAUGAGCUGAUAGUGGAAGCUUCCAGAAAUACACGGACAGAAAAUAAUCUACCCACAUAUAUGGUGGUCGAUGACGGUCCUUUUGCAAAAGUCAGUAGGCGAUACCAUGAGUGUCCCCAUAGGCGUGGUUCGAGUAAUAAAGACUUUUUCAAAGAGUGGCUUUAUUUAGAUGGUUCUGAGGCUGCAGGAGAACCAUACCAAUCAAAGUUUGCACGACAACUUAGUUCUGAUUCGAAAGAUAAUUCGGAACCAAGUGUAGGCCCGCCUUCUCCUAAAAAGCGAACUACACAUAGGAGAAGGUACACUAAUUACCCAGAUGAAAGCUGUACUAAAUCCGCAAUGGCUUUAGCUACCCAGGCACAGUCUUCCAAUAUGAGAAGGAAUUCUAAUUCAACCAUGUCUACAAUACAGUUACCACUAUUAAAUUCCACUGCACAACUUGUUUCACACAUGAGACGACAUUCAAACAACGCUGAUACUGGAUUUUUUGCAAGUGUUGAGCUUGGGGAAUAUAUGAUGGUAAAAGCUGAAGCGCCUGCUGGCGAUGUGGAUAAAACUAAAGGAAAAAGUUCAGGGUUUAGAAGAAUAAAGAGCGCAGCGUUAGAAAUAGGAUGUCCUCCUCCUAGUGUAUCGAAUUUAUCCCCUCAUCCAAAUAGCGCAGAAACCAUUGGCGGUCAAAUGUUGAAAAAUCCAAAAAAUGCGGUUAUUCCACCUCCUAGUAAGAGUUUAACCCGCGGACCACAUUUGAAUUUGUAUCCGAAAAACGAAAACGGAGAAGGAUGUAGCUAUCCUUAUUUAACCUAUGGGUCGGAGAUAGUUUAUCCUAUAGCUGAAAUAUCGGAUGAAAUGCAAACAUCGCAGAAGGAAACCGAUUUGGACUCCAGUGGGGAGAGUUACAGUGAUUAUGAGGACGAGAAACAAUUUCGGGGUUUUGAUUGGGAUGCUGAACAAUCCUCUGCAAUGCGUUCGAGUGAUUCUGAUUAUGAAAAUAAUGGGUCUAGGUCGCCUUUGCUAGAGAGGCCGUCGGAUGUUCGGGUAGUACGCAGCAAAACACACGACUGUAAAAAAAAUUAUUGCGAAAGACAUUCUAGUAAACAUAACCCAGAUUGUCAUAACGACAAAAGUAAACCCGUAAGACUGAAAAAGCCUAAACAUGACCAUCAUUAUGAAGCCAAACGUUCAGAAAGACAACUUGCAGCUUGUGAAUGCAAAAAUAAUCCAAACGGUGAUUUUUUCGAUAAGGCUAGUGCGAGUUCAAAAGAUUUAUUGAUAGAAAAAUCUAGUUUGGAAUCUAAUGAGAAUGCUGAUCAGGGAGAUAAAAAACCGGACGAAAAGAAAGUUGUAGAGACAAAACUUUGGGACCACGAUAUAUCUAAUUCUAGCAGUAGUAGCAAUACUAAUAUAGACAGACCCCCAGACGAAGAGAAAGACGAUAAAAAUAUCGCUCCAGAGACUGAAGAUUCUCAACUGACCUGUGACAGCAAAAGUGUCGAGGAAAGAAGUGUGUAUAGCUUAGACUGGCUUUUUGAAGAGACGGAACAAACUCCGAUAGACUUUUGUAAGGAAACAGGUGCCAGUGCUUUAACGGAGGAGGUGCUUUGUCAGAAACUAGCGAAUGCGCUCGGCGAAUCGUCUUCCAAUGUUCCAAAAAACUUGGGCGCUAUACCAAAGCAGAUAAAAAACUUAGCGCGUUCACGAGCUUCUUCGCAGAAGGAGAACAAGAAGAGAGAUUCUAAAAGAGAAAAGGAUGAAAAUCAAAAUGAAGAAGUCAUCAUGUUUGAUGCGGUGGAAGCUCAAGCUGCUUUGGUACAAGGAUUGGAAUGCUUAUUCGCAGCAACAAAUGCUAAUACUGUCGUAAUGCCGCCUCCUAACCGAGAAGAGAGGCCUAGACACCGACAGAGUGUUAGGGGUGAGAGAGAAAACUCGCACAAAACAAGGAAACGCUCCAUAGAGGAAGUAGCACAAACCUCUACUAAUACCCUACUCCCAACGUCCAUGCCUUUACUAGCAGCCUUUUUGAACUCCAGGGUAGACUUCGGACCAUGUUGUGUGCCAUCCUAUGUAGCUAACAACGAAACUGCUUCUCCUCAGAAUGUGCAAGCUGCAGAAGAAAGUCAAAGACUCAGACCACUGAUGGAUAGAAACCACAGAAAUCGUGUAAGGAAAAUAAAGCGAUCGACCCGACAGCGAAAUAAUCCUUCUUUGCAAAACAAUGCAGAGAAGAAAGACGUCCCUCCCGUUGUAGAUAGUUCAAAUAGUUCUAAUAGUGUUCAUUUUGCUACUUCCUUUGACGACACGACUGACGGCGCGAUACAUUGCUUUAUGGAUGAGUACGGCAACUGGAUGUCGUAUACUUUUGACAAAAAUAGCUCAGGACGAGGUCAGGCGCAACCCAUUCCUCUUCCAGAAAAAGAGGAUGGUAUGCGAAUUAACAGGGUUAAACCGAUCGAUAAUACCCUCGAUAAUUCUCAAGAAACAGCUGGAGAAGGCAGCUGUGGCUCUCUAGAAUCUGAAGCUGGUAACAGCGAAAGUAUAGCGAAAACGAAACGCGGUGAUAGCAUCGACCAAAGUUCUUCUAAUCAGGGUAGCAAUAAUCCCCUUUUAUCCAGUAAUAAUAAUAUAUCGACAGUUGUUCCUAUAAAUACUAAUAAUGCUAACAAACGGUUCUAUGUCUUCGACGGUGGAACUGGCACUCAUACUGACCAACCUAGAUCUCCUGUAGCCUAUGUGACUGAUAGUUUGUUAGAGCAAAUAGAGGCUGAAAGACAGUCUAGAAUGGGACUGCCUAGUAUGCAUAUAAAUUUUUUGAUGAAUCAACAAAGAGCGCAACAGCUAGCUCAACAACAAGUUGAAAAUACGUAUGCAAACAUACCAAGUUUGAUGGCCACAAUUGGAGAGGAGUCUGUAGAAAUAAAUAUUAGAAACAAAUUUUCGAAACUUAUGGAUGAGAUGGAGAAGGCUAAUCAACCGAAACCAAAGAGUUAUUACAAGUUUAAAUUAUCGAAAUGUCUUGAGUUGAAGGUGACCUUGGAUAGACUGCAGCUAAUGGCUUUAUUCGAUAGGAACUUAACGUUCAAAGAAACUUUUGUUACAAUAAUAUUAGCAGUUAUGGUGGCUGUUUUAGGGUCCACAGUCUUGAACCUCGGCUUCUACAGGGAUAUAUACGCGUUUUGGUUUUGUUUUAUAAUGGCGGGCAGUCAGUAUUCAUUACUCAAGAGUGUCCAACCGGACUCUGCAUCACCAGUUCACGGGUUUAAUAAAAUGGUCGUAUUCUCGAGACCUGUGUACUUUUGUUUAUGUACAGGGAUCUUGUGUUUGGUGCAUAGUUUUUUAGAACAAACUGUGCCGUUGGCGGCAGAUACGCAUAUACGGCGUAGAAGAAGUUUUGACGUCAGUAAACCUAUAACUAUAUAUGGGUUUGAAAUAAACGAAAGAGAUUUUUUAUUCGUAAUACAGGAGGUGCUAUCCAAGUUCCUACUAUUUUUUCCUCUGGCAUUCAGUUUGGGGUUGUUCCCUCAAGUAAAUACAUUCCUCAUGUAUAUACUUGAACAGAUUGACAUGCACGUGUUUGGUGGUAACGCGACCAGCAGUUUAAGUGCUGCAGUGUAUUGCGUCGUGCGAUCUUUAGCUGCAGUAGGAGUACUUUACGGGUUCGCUUACAGUGGACUCGUAGAAGGCAAAAAGUCGCAGCAUCAGAAACAUAACAUACUUUUCUCGAUAUUCUGCGGCCUUUUAGUGCCAAUUGCCUACCACUUGAGCCGUAGCGCGAGCGAUUACACAUUAAUAUGGAAUCUUAUUAAAAAACAUUUGCUUCCACCAGAAUUAUAUGUUGUACAUAACCCUGAAAUUUCUCCAGAACUUGAAAAGUCUGAUCCAAACAUGUUGAGCGAAGAGAAGAAGAACAAUUCUGAGAGUAACAUAUCUAAACAGAAUUCCAUUGGCAGUUCUGCGUCUAAAAUUAACUUUAGUUCUGAGACGAAUAUUGCAAAGCAAAAACGCUCACAGACUUCGAGCGUGAGCUCUUUGAAAAUGGAUCCGAGAGGAGACACAAUAAACUCUACGACUUCCUUGAAAGUUGAUCCACCCACCGAAGAAGACAAAACUCAAGAUACAAAUACCAGCGCUUCGAAUGUAAAGGCGGAAACAGAUAAACCUGAUGAAGAUAUGGAGGAUCCGUUGCCAAAAAAGCUACAAGCGACAGUGAAUGCCAGACUCAAGAAUGAUGUCAUAGUUUGCGCUUUUCUCGCACUGUUCGUAUUUGGACUACACUGUACCACCGUUUUUACGACUCUCCGGCCGCAGCUCAAUACGGUACUAUGGAUAAUCGCCGGUAUCCUUGGCUGGGUGCUACACUACCUCACCCCUCAGCUCCGGAAGCAACAACCUUGGCUGUGUCUGGCCGGACCGGUGCUAAAGCAACACGAGCAUGCGCAGUUCGAAGUCACUGAACCUGCUAAGCUUAUGUGUUUUGAGAAGAUCUUCGUGUACUUAUGUUUCCUGGAGCGCAACGUGUUAUACCCGGCCGUGGUGAUAGCGGCCACCCAGGAUGCGCCCGCGAUCGCGGCCAAGUACGGAGACGCGGUUGGUGCGCUUAUCAUAUGCGUGUGCGCACUCAAGUGCCUUAGGAAUGCGUACUCAGAACCAGAAUCGCAGUACCUUAUAUUAGUAUUUGCGGUGCUACUGUUUCAAAAGGAUCUGAGCAGUCAGAAGAUAUCGGAGACUUUCCUAGUGGAUUACUUCAUAACCGCCGUUAUUUUCAACAAGGUGUACGAGUUCUUGUUGAAAGUGCAAUUUGUAGUGACAUACAUAGCGCCGUGGCAGAUCACGUGGGGCAGCGCGUUCCAUGCGUUUGCGCAGCCCUUCUCCGUGCCGCAUUCCGCCAUGUUGUUCCUGCAAGCCGCACUCUCCGCUCUGCUCUCUUCACCACUCACUCCUGCUUUGGGUAGCGCAAUAUUUAUGACGUCAUACGUUCGUCCAGUAAAGUUUUGGGAGAGAGACUACAACACCAAACGCGUGGAUCAAAGCAACACCAGGCUUUCGUCACAGUUAGAAAGGAACCUUGGAGCUGAUGAUAAUAACUUGAAUUCAAUAUUUUACGAACAUUUAACACGGUCGCUACAACACUACCUGUGUGGAGAUCUGAUGCUGGGCCGGUGGGGGCAGGUACAGCAAGGCGACUGCUUUGUGCUGGCAUCGGACUACCUAAACUGCCUAGUCCACAUCGUAGAGAUGGGCAACGGGCUUGUGUCAUUCCAACUGCGAGGGCUCGAGUUCAGAGGGACGUACUGUCAACAGAGAGAAGUAGAAGCCAUUUCGGAAGGACCAGAGGAGAGUAGCGAGGGCGUGUGCAACGGCGGAUGGUGGUGCGGCGGGCGCGUGCUGUCCCCGGGCUCGGGCUGGGCGCUGCGCUGGCUGGCGUGGCAGCUCGUGUCGGCGCGCUACGUGCUGGAGGGCUACUCCGUCAGCGACAACAGCGCCGUCUCCAUGCUGCAGGUCUUCGACUUCCGCAAGGUGCUGCUCACCUACUACGUCAAGAGUAUAAUCUACUACACCAUCCAAUCAAGCAAGCUAGAAGAAUGGUUGUCUUCCGCUACCAUUGCAGAAGCUCUGAAGCCAAUGAACGAAAGGAAUUUCGUCGACUUGGACCCUAUAUUUAACGUAAAUUUGGAUGAAGACUACGAUUUUAGAGCUUCAGGAAUCACUCGGAGUCGUUUCUGCGCGAUGUACGGCGAGUGGAUCGCGCACUGCGGGGCCCGGCGCGGCGCGAGCUGGCGUCGUCGCGCCGCGCACGCCACGUCCCCGCUCACCACGCUCUGCUUCGCGCUCAGCCUGCUGGGCCGCCGCGCCCUCGCCGCCGCGCAGCACCUCUCCGCCUCCAGUGUGGAGUUCUUCCUAUACGGACUACACUCGCUGUUCAAAGGCGAUUUCCGCAUCACGUGCGCACGCGACGAGUGGGUGUUCACCGACAUGUCGCUGCUGCACUCGGUACUCGCACCCGCUAUACGGAUGGCACUCAAAUUGCAUCAGGAUCACUUCAUGUUCCCCGAGGAGUACUGCAGCAGCUCGGCGCUGUACUGCGCCAUAGCGUCGCACGCGCAGCGCCUCGUCAUCUGCCACGAGGCCGCGCCCGCCUGGCGCUACAACGUGCUACGUGGGGCCCCCCACCUGCUCGCGCUCAGGCAUGUAAUGGACGAAGGCAAUGACGACUACAAGAUAAUAAUGUUGAACAAGCGCCAUCUAGGGUUCAGAGUCAUCAAACUGAACCGAGAGUGUGUUCGUGGACUGUGGGCGGGACAGCAGCAAGAACUCGUCUAUCUAAGAAACAGGAAUCCUGAGAGAGGCUCUAUACAGAAUGCUAAACAGGCGCUCCGCAACAUAAUAAACUCGUCGUGCGACCAGCCCAUCGGCUACCCCAUCUACGUGUCGCCGCUGACCACGUCGUACGCGGACACGUCGGCGCAGCUGUGCUCGCUGCUGGGCGGGCCGCUCACCGUCUCCGCCAUCCGCGCUCGCCUCGCCGCCGCCUGGAGACGUAUCCGUCGUCGCUGCGGCGAGGGCUGCUCGUCGGGCGGCGCGGGGGCGGGCGGUGCGGGGGCGGGGGGCGCGGCGGCGUGCGAGGCGGGCGCCACGGACACGCGCCACACGCCGCGACACAACGCGCUGCACCUCUCCAGGAACUCGCUCGGCGGCACGCGCAGCAGUUUAGCGAGUGCUGGCAAACCGACUUCAUCUACUCUUGCGUCUCUGGCCGGAUUACUUAGAGAACACUCACAUGAACGAAGCACUCCUGAAGAAACCGCGUGCGGUGGAGCCGAGCAGGGGGGGGCGCGGCGCCGCAGCGAGGAGCGCGGGGCGGGAGGCGCAGGGCCAGGCGCCGCCAGCACCGCGCCGCCCGCCACCGGCGCACGGCGCGAGCGCACCAGAGCACGGACGCCUGCUAAGGAACCUGGCAGACAGGGAGGCAACCGCAGCCGCUUGCGGCGCGCGAACACGCCGGCUUCGAUCUCGUUCCGCCUGCUCGCCGCCUCCGACAACCUGCGCCUCGAGCCCGGCGUGUGCGCCUCGCACCCCGGGGACGACACGCAGAGCGCUGCUGGUAGUGGUUGGGAGUGUGGUUGGCGAGACCAGCCCCGACGAGCCGCCAGUGCUAAGGUAUCCAGCCGGGGCGGUUGCAGCGCGGAGUCCUCUCUGGAGGACCUGACGCUGAGCCCGAGCGGCCUGGACCUGUCGCUGCCCGACUGUAAGAUCAUCGCCAACAGGAACGCCAGGCAAGAUAGAGACUUUAAAAGAUAUUAUGUCAACGAAAUGACUCCAAAAGACUUGUCAAAACUAAGUAAAGAGAUCCGACACGAAAGAGAAAGUUACCGGGAACUCACCGGCAGAUAUAUUGAGAAACCCGAAGCAAUACCUCUUAAAGAAACCCACUACUCAGACUUAUCGAACAAAGAAUCUAUCCUCAAGAAGGAAGCGAAAAAGGACUCUAAAUCAAAAGAAAUAAAGACCAAAAUAAAACGGUCAGAUUCUGGUCGGAGUGAGUUGAAAGUGAACGUUAGCUUGGGAAGUAAAGUGUUAAUAAUUGAGCCUUUAGGAGUGUAUGACUGUAUCAAUCUUGGGAGGAGGAUCGAUGUCCAGUGGCCUUCUGAAUACCAGAGGGAGAGGGGUGGGCGGAACUUCUGGGGAAGUUGGGUGCCUCAGGCUGGGAUGGAUGGAUUGGUUGUUCACAAAUGGAUGCCAAACCACAGAGACCCUAAACUAAGAUCUCAUGUUGACAAGAACAUACUCCUAAUACAAAUCGACGACAAAUUCGUGCCCAUUGCUGAAAACUGCGUGCAGGACUUGGGCGAUGAAGUGUAA